AUGGCAGCGCCAGCUAGAGCAGCAGCAGCUGCUGCUGCUGCUGCAGGCGCUUCUGCGGCUGCUGCUGCAGCUGUCACACAGGGGCAUCGGAGCCCUCCGCCUCCGCCCCCUGUGCUGCUCUGUAGCAUCGAGGAUUCUCAUCAGCAGCUGCAGCAGCGGGAAGCAGCAGAAGCUGCUGCCUCUUGCCCCUUUCUUGUUGCGCAGUUGUCAAGGGCAGCAGCAGCAGCAACGACAGCAGCAGCAGCAGCAACGACAGCAGCAGCAGCAGCAAGAACAGCAUCUGCAACAAACGAUACAACAACUUCCCGUGGAGAUGUCGGCGAUCCCCCAGGAGCUUCAGCCCUCUGGCAUCGUCACAGCAGCAACCGCAGCACCACCAGCAGCAACGACUGCAGCAGCAACAGCAGCAGCUGCAGCAGCAGCAGGAGCAGCAGCAGGGGCUGUAGCAAGAAUAGCAGCAGUGAAAAAUGUAGCGGACGCACACGGGAGCAGCUUCGCAUGCAUAUGAUUCGGUUGGGGGCAUUUGCUGCUGGGGCUGUGGUUGGUUUGCUGCUGCUGCUGUUGGAGCGGCAGCAGCAGGAGCAGCUGCAGCAAGAGCAGCAUUUCCUGCAGCAGCAAGAGCUUCUGCAGCAGCUGCAGCAGCAAGAUGACAACCGCAUUAUAUGGAAGAACGUCACACGGGGGUUCUGGCUAGUUGUGUUCGCUGGCGUGAUGAUACACAAGCAACCAGACAGCAGCAGCAGCAGCAGCAGCAGCAGCAGCAGCAGCAACAGCAGCAGGAGCAGCAGCAGCAAGAGGUCAUCAACAGUAGAUAUGUGCUACCAGUGCAUCGCAUUGUCUCGUCCUCUCCUCCCCAGCGAGUUGGAUGUGUUGCUGCUGCCUCCACUGCAGCAGCAGCUGCAGCAGGGACUGCAGCAGCUGCCGCCCCAGCAGCAGCAGCAGCAGAACGUUUCGUCAUCCCCUUCCAUUACCGGUGGUGGUGCAGCAGCAGCAGCAACAACAGGAGAGAGAAUUUCACUCAUCAAAUCAGAAAACAAAAAACAGAAAAACAUCGACUCUGUGUUCACGGAGUCUACAGCAAAUGCAGACACCCAGCAUACGCAGGCUGGUUCUGGUGGGCCGUAG